AUGGAUACGCCGAGAGAACGUGAGAUUGCGGCUGAGGAUAGCAUCAGAGUUGUCUGUAGAUUUCGACCACUUAAUGAUUCUGAAGAGAAAGCUGGCUCCAAAUUUGUUGUUAAAUUUCCCUCCGGUGGCGAAGAAAACUGUAUAUCUAUUGGAGGUAAAGUUUACCUGUUUGAUAAAGUAUUCAAACCAAAUGCAACACAAGACAAAGUCUACAAUGAAGCUGCUAAAUCGAUUGUCACUGAUGUUCUUGCUGGAUACAACGGCACAAUCUUCGCUUAUGGGCAAACAUCAUCCGGUAAAACUCAUACCAUGGAAGGAGUUAUUGGAGACGCUAAUAAACAGGGAAUUAUACCUAGGAUUGUUAACGACAUUUUCAAUCAUAUUUAUGGUAUGGAAGAGAAUUUGGAAUUCCAUAUUAAAGUUUCUUAUUUUGAAAUUUAUAUGGACAAAAUUAGAGAUCUGCUCGAUGUGUCCAAGGUAAAUUUAAGCGUCCAUGAAGAUAAAAACCGUGUUCCUUUCGUGAAGGGAGCAACUGAAAGAUUUGUGUCUAGUCCAGAAGAAGUAUUUGAAGUUAUUGAAGAGGGAAAAUCGAAUCGACAUAUAGCUGUAACAAAUAUGAAUGAGCACAGUUCUCGUUCGCAUUCUGUUUUCUUAAUAAACGUUAAACAAGAAAACUUAGAGAACCAAAAGAAAUUAUCGGGUAAAUUGUAUCUGGUAGAUUUGGCGGGUUCUGAAAAAGUUUCAAAGACUGGUGCUGAAGGUACAGUACUUGACGAAGCUAAAAAUAUUAACAAAUCUCUGUCGGCGUUGGGUAAUGUAAUAUCUGCGUUAGCCGACGGUAAUAAAACUCACAUACCGUAUCGAGAUUCUAAAUUAACACGUAUCCUUCAAGAAUCACUUGGUGGUAAUGCUAGAACAACAAUUAUAAUAUGUUGCUCACCUGCAAGUUUUAAUGAAUCUGAAACUAAAUCAACAUUAGAUUUUGGUAAACGUGCUAAGACUAUCAAGAAUGUUGUAUGUGUUAACGAAGAAUUGACUGCAGAAGAGUGGAAACGUCGUUAUGAGAAAGAAAAAGAAAAGGCUGCAAGGUUGAAAGGAAAGGUCGAGAAAUUAGAGGUUGAAUUAUCACGCUGGCGACAAGGAGAGACUGUCAAGCCAGAAGAACAAGUUAAUCUAGUCGAGGCACCUGAAGUAAUAAUACCACCUCCAAAUGUCGUUGUUAAAGAUGAUGGACCUAUGCCGGCUAUCCCCGGUGGCGGACUUAUGGCUGGUUCUCUUUCAAAUGAAGAACGCCAGAAGCUCGAGGAAGAACGUGAACGAUUGUACCAGCAGCUUGAUGAAAAGGACGAAGAAAUAAACCAACAGUCACAGUAUCUUGAAAAGUUGAAAGAACAACUCGAUGAACAAGAAGAGCUUAUUGCCAGUGCUCGCCGUGACUACGAACAGCUGCAGCAAGAAAUGAAUACUAUUAACCAAGAGACUGAAAGCGCUAAAGAGGAAGUUAAAGAAGUAUUGCAAGCGCUCGAAGAAUUGGCUGUCAAUUAUGACCAGAAGUCACAGGAAGUUGAAAUUAAAAAUAAAGAACAUGAGACUUUGUCGGAGGAAUUGCUGGCUAAACAAACUGCACUUAAUUCAACCAUGUCUGAGUUACAACAAUUACGUGACAUGUCUACUCACCAACGUAAAAGAACUGCUGAGAUGUUGACUAAUUUAUUGAAAGAUCUUGGAGAAAUUGGUGUCGCUAUUGGCGGAGAUGAAAAUCUCAAGUGUCAAAUAACGCCCGAUAUCAAUGGAAAAGUAGAAGAAGAAUUUACAGUAGCAAGAUUAUACAUUAGUAAAAUGAAAUCAGAAGUUAAGAAUUUAGUACAACGUUGUCAGGGAUUAGAAACAUUCCAAGCGGAUUGUAAUAAGAAGAUAUCAGAGUAUGAAAAAGAACUUGGUGAGUGCCGAUUAUUGAUCUCUCAGCACGAGGCACGUAUGCAGACACUUUCAGAGUCGAUGAAAGAAGCGGAGGCACGUAAACGUAGUUUAGAAGAGAAUCUUGAUUCUCUUCGUGAAGAAUGCGCUAAACUCAAAGCGGCUGAACAAGUCCAAGCUGUCACCAAUAAAGAAAAAGCCGAAGAACAAGAGGCUGCGACGAAAAUGCGAGCUGCCUUGAAGGAACAAAUGGAUCAACUGCACAAUGAUCACCUGAGUCAAAUGGCUGUACUGAGAGAUGAAAUAUCUGAGAAACAAAAUAUAAUUAGCGAACUUAAGGAUCUCAACCAGAAAUUCACAUUAGCUCACCAGCAAAUGCAGUCCGAUUACGAACGAUUGAAACAAGAGGAAGCUGAGAAAUCUGCUAAAUUACAAGAGCUGAUAUUAAUGAACGAACGCCGUGAACAAGCUAGAAAAGAUCUUAAGGGAUUGGAAGACACUGUUGCUAAAGAGCUUCAAACUCUUCACAAUCUUCGUAAACUCUUUGUUCAAGAUCUUCAGGUCAGAAUCAAGAAAUCUUCGAUUGCCGAAGACAAUGAAGAUGAUGGAGGUUCUUUGGCACAAAAACAAAAGAUUUCAUUCCUCGAGAAUAAUCUCGAUCAACUUACAAAGGUUCACAAACAAUUGGUCAGAGAUAACGCUGACUUGCGAUGUGAGUUGCCUAAAUUAGAGAAAAGGUUACGAGCCACUAUGGAACGUGUUAAAGCUCUCGAGACUGCACUACGUGAUGCCAAAGAAGGUGCAAUGCGAGAUCGUAAACGAUACCAAUAUGAGGUGGAUAGAAUUAAGGAAGCAGUAAGACAGAAAAAUUUGGCACGACGUGGACCUAGCGCACAAAUCGCCAAACCAAUUCGCGCUGGACAACAUCAUAUGUGGAUUUACACGUUCCUCGGUCGUGAACGUAAAACGAAAUUCUUCACUUUUACAGAAAAUGAACGCAAGAAUGCAUUUGCCGAUGAAAAGAAACGAAUCCCCGAUUUGGAUUUAAUUUACAACUCUUACACAUAA